ACAGUCAGUAGUAGUUCAUUUAUAGAAUCCGUUCUAAAAUGAAGACUUUUCUCUUUUUGCUUGGAAUCACCUGUGUACUAGCCAGUCGAACUGGCGGCAAGAUUGAAGAACUCAUUGAAGAUGAGUUCCAUAGUCCCAGGGAUAAGAUAGAUCGACCUCAUUCAGACUUCUACAAUCCAGCUGUUAGUAAGAUUGAACAGUUCAAGACAGAACGUGAGUUCCACAGACCGUCUGUCGAUAAAGCUGAACAAUUCAAUGAAGAGCAUGAGUUCCACACACCAUCUGAAUCAGAGUUCCAGAUUCCCCAGAGGCAAUGUCGAGAAGUCAUAACGCAAUUUCCUGAAUCUGUCGACUAUUCAAAUCUAUCGAUCGAUGAAUUGAUUCAAAUUGCUUCUAAACAUGAAGGUCUCGAGUUUUUAGCCGACGCUAAUGCCACCGCAGCAAUGGGGAUCGAUAUAAAUAACCUUGAUCCGGACCUUAUUGCUGAUGCAAUGGCCACAACAUAUGAAUUUGCUAGACGACGAGGAUACCCAGCUGAAAUUCAUCGUAUCCAGACCAGCGAUAGAUUCUGUUUAGAACUGCAUCGUAUUCCAGGCUCUCCAUCAAAUCCUCCACGACCAGGAAAGAUACCAGUUUAUUUGCAGCAUGGUCUACUCGACUCCUCGGCUGGUUGGGUAAUUAUGGGUGUCAACCACAGUCUUGGUUUCAUUCUGGCUGAUUUGGGAUAUGACGUCUGGUUGGGUAAUGUGCGAGGCAACCGAUACUCUCGAAUGCAUCUCGAUCACGAUCCUGACGGUCGUCGUGGUGACCGCAGACGUUUCUGGGACUUUUCGUGGCAUCAUAUGGGAACAAUUGAUUUACCUGCAACAAUUGACUACAUAACUGAGGUUACGGGACAUCAACGUAUGCACUAUGUUGGACAUUCACAAGGCACUACUUCAUUCUUCGUAAUGUGUUCAAUGCGUCCGGAAUACAACAACCGCAUCCUUUCCGGACAUAUGUUGGCUCCAAUCGCAUUCAUGGGCCGACUGUUCAGUCCUUUUGUACGAGCUGCCGCCUUGUUCCAAAACAGCAUCGAUUUCGGAGCAAGUCUUCUUGGCAUUUACGAAUUCCUUCCCAACAGUGAAACAAUGGCUCGCUUAGGACAGGCCGCUUGCCGAGAUGAUGCCUUCUUCCAAUCGAUGUGCAGCAAUGUGUUGUUCUUAAUUGGUGGCUUUAAUUCCGCACAAAUGAAUGGAACUAUGCUACCAGUUAUCAUGGGCCAUACACCUGCGGGAGCAUCAACAGACCAAUUAAUUCACUACGCGCAAGGUAUUCGAUCAGGCAACUUCCGUCAAUUCAGUUUUGGUGCAAUUACGAAUUUGCUUCGAUAUGGUAACAUCAAUGCACCCAGAUAUAAUUUGGCAAAUAUUCGUGCUCCAUUGACAUUGUACUAUUCUUUGAAUGAUUGGUUGGCCGAUCCCCGAGACGUUCGAGAACUCUUUGCUGGUAUGUCAAGUCGCCGCAAAUUGAUUCAAAUUACUGAUCCACGUUUCAAUCACUUUGAUUUCCUCUGGGCUAUCGAUGUCAAAGCUUUGCUCUAUGAUCAAUUGGUUGAAAUAAUGAAAGAACAUGAAUAAAUUGGUGAUGUUAAAU